ACAGGGGAAAGGGAAAAUGAGAGGUUUAGCAACAGGAAAACCGCUAUGAGAACAUUCCAGGCAGAGCUGAGUUGAGGCUGAGCGGGACAAUGAGGGGUGGGACAAAACUAUACACUUUGUAAAAAAAAAUGUAAUCUUGCCUUUUGAUCACGGUCAAAGACAUCAACAAAAGCCUCGCUUUUCAUAGACGUUGCUUGAGAACUCCACUCGGGUCGGAAGAAGUCUGGCUCCGGGGUCGUUAUUAUCAUCGUAGAUCUUGACCGCGAUGACAUCAACUAUCGCUGCUCCUUCGAGUAGUUUUCACCUUUUUCACAACACCAGCUUCUAGUGGACAACUUUUUGACAGAUACGCCGUGGAAGGAUGUGAGCUCUGUUUGGCUCUCCACUUCAGCCUUUUCUUGAAGAAAAAGAAGUUAAAGCACGUUGGUGUUUUAAACAGGCACCGGAGAGACUUGAAGUGGACAUGGGAGACGUGCUGUGUUCACACGCAUCACGUUAAAAGGAGUGCUGAUAACAGAGAUGGCAGGCUCUGCUUGCUUAACAGCGGUACUCGUUGGACUGUUGCUGUUGGUCUCUGCUUGCCACGCAGAGUCAGAGGGAGAUGGUAAGCGGCUGUGUACGUGCGAGAAUGACAAAGGCACUUGUGUGAACGACACAUGCCGAGGGGACGUCUGCUUCUACAUGUGGGUGCACGGCCACGAGGAGAAAGGCUGCUUCUCGAGUCAUAACUACAGAGAGCAGUGCCUCACUUCCUUUGAACGCUUCCACGUCUACUGUUGCAGAGAGGACCUAUGCAACGCCUAUGCCACGCCACCUCCAAACAUAGAUGGAGAGACGACGACGAUGUCCCCACAGCAGCCUCGUCCAGAGCUGUGGAUCACUGUGGCUCUGCUACUCUUGUUCAUGGUGGCCAGUUUAUGCGGCCUGCUGAUAUUCCUGCACUUCCGACGUGCACAUUCCCGCCUCAAAAAUGUUGAUGACCAUGAUGUCACCAUGCUCAAGGUCCCCAAUGGAGAUGACCCUACAUAUGGUGGUAUAUUUGAUGAGUUUUGUACAUCAGGCAGUGGAACCGGGCUGCCCUAUCUGGUCCAAAGGACUAUGGCCCGGCAGAUCUCUCUUGUGGAAUGUGUUGGUAAAGGCAGGUAUGGAGAGGUGUGGAGGGGAACUUGGAUGGGCGAGAGUGUAGCUGUCAAAAUCUUCUCCUCAAGGGACGAGCAAUCAUGGUUCAGAGAGACGGAGAUUUACAAUACUGUGCAGCUCAGGCACGACAACAUAUUGGGCUUCAUAGCGUCUGAUAUGACAUCCAAGAAUUCCAGCACCCAGCUGUGGCUCGUCACGCACUUUCACGAGCUGGGUUCGCUCUAUGACUUCCUGCAGUACAGCAGUUUGGAGCCCGAGAGCUGCCUGAGGAUGUGUCUGUCUAUGGCCUGUGGCUUGGUCCACCUCCAUACCGAGAUCGUCAGCUCCCAGGGCAAACCGGCCAUCGCCCACAGAGAUUUGAAAAGCAGAAAUAUCCUGGUGAAGAGGAAUGGGCAGUGCUGCAUCGCUGACCUUGGUCUGGCUGUGAUUCACUCUCAGUCCAAUGACUAUCUGGAUGUGGGCCACAACCCUCGAGUUGGGACUAAACGCUACAUGGCGCCGGAGGUGCUGGAUGAGAGCAUACGUAUGGAUGUCUUUGAGUCCUACAAGCAAACAGACAUCUGGGCCCUGGGCUUGGUCUUCUGGGAAAUUUCACGCAGAACAAUUGUCAACGGGAUUGUGGAAGAGUAUCGUCCUCCCUUCUUUGACCUGGUGCCCUCUGAUCCCAGCUAUGAAGAGAUGAAGAAAGUAGUCUGUGUGGACCAGCAGAGACCCAGCUUGCACAACCGGCUUCACUCCCACCCAAUUAUGACGUCCAUAGUGAAGAUCAUGAAGGAGUGUUGGUUCCAGAACUCGCCGGCCCGCCUCACAGCACUGCGGGUGAAGAAGACCCUCUCCAAACUUGACCAUGACACUGACUUCAGGAUCAAAAAACUCAAACAGGACAUCUAGCUCACAACGCCAACAAUUGGAAGCGGACUAAAAAUAAAAAUUGCUUGAAGGGAUUUAUUUUUCCACAUUCCUUGUCACAGGUGAAUAUCAGUACUUUAUUAGUUAUCGUCUCUAACAUUUAGUGCAUUUUCACAAAAUAAUAUAUUUUUCAGCAGUAGUGUCUAGACUGUUAAGCGCCAAAGACUAUUUUACUUUCCCCAGACCAAAAUCGCAAAAUAAAAGCUGAAAACAGACUCUAUGAAGAGAGACCUUCACUAUGAAUCAUAGUUAUUAUGCUCAUUAUAACGCAAUGUAUUUUCUCUGAACACCUUUAGCUUUUGUUUAAUUACCGCAGUGUGAAUUGGACGCGCACACACAUUAAGAUAUUUAGUUUUGUAUAUAUCCAACACAGUAUUUUUCUGUCCCAAAAUGUCAAUCUAUUUCGAUUUGUACUUAAAUGUAAAAAAAAAAAGGGGGGGGCAUCACGGUGGAACAGGGGUUAGUGCAUGUGCCUCACAAUACGAAGGUCCUGAGUAGUCCUGAGUUCAAUCCCGGGCUCCGGAUCUUUCUGUGUGGAGUUUGCAUGUUCUCCCCGUGACUGUGUGGGUUCCCUCCGGGUACUCGGGCUUCCUCACACCUCCAAAAACAUGCACCUGGGGAUAGGUUGAUUGGCAACACUAAAUUGGCCCUAGUGUGUGAAUGUGAGUGUGAAUGUUGUCUGUCUAUCUGUGUUGGCCCUGCGAUGAGGUGGCGACUUGUCCAGGGUGUACCCCGCCUUCUGCCCGAAUGCAGCUGAGAUAGGCUCCAGCGCCCCCGCAACCCCAAAAGGGACAAGCGGUAGAAAAUGGAUGGAUGGAUGUACUUAAAAAGGGACAUGCAAUAUUAAAUAUGUUAAAUAUACCUGUACUUUUCAAAUGCUUGGCAUUUGAACGCUGACUUGUACCAUUGUACUUUAUGCAAUACUAUUUUUGACCGCCAGAGGCCACCAGACAUUAGGGAUAAAGAAUUUUAAGGCUAACGUUGGCAGAUCAGUAUUUUACAAACCACUGAAGUGAGACGCCAAUAAAUCGGGUUAGACCAGGCCGGCAUUAAUACAAACAAGUCCUAACUAAAAUGCCAGACAAAUGAAGAAAAAAAAGUCAAUGUCUGACUUAUGUAUGGGGGUUAAGGGAUUUGAGUUCUAGAGCACAGCUAAGUUGGCCGGUAUUCAUUUAUUGAUGAACAUUUAAUUAAUUAUAAUUAAGUAAUACAAUUUAUCUUACAUUUUUCUUUGAAAUACAUAUUUCCACAGUGAUGAUUUAAGUGUUUAUUUAUCUUUUUUAUUGUAGUUUUCUUUUCUUUUUCUUUUUUUACUUUAUUAGUGUUCACCACACAGACCCACUGGUGUCAACUUUAGAGUCAGGAGAUCGAAUCUUCAUUAGAGCAAUUCUGUGUGGAAUUUUCAUGUUCUCCACGUGCAUGGUGAUUGUCCAGGUACACUCUGGCUUCCUCCCACAUUCCAAACAUGUGCAUGUUAGGCCACUUGGAUAAUCUAAAUCAGGGGUGUCAAACUCAUUUUAGAUCUGGGGCCACAUGGAGAAAAAUGUACUCCCAAGUGCCACUGGUAAAAUCACGGCACGAUAACUUAAAAAUAAAGACAACUCCAGAUUGUUUUCUUUGUUUAAAAAUAGAACAAGCACAUUCUGAAAAUGUACAAAUCAAAAUGUUGUUGGGGUUUUUUUUUACACUUACAUGUUGUGGUUAAUAGUAUUCUAUCUUUAUUUGUCGUUAUUUAUACUUUCUGAAUAAAUUAUGUGAUAAUGUACAUCAGUCAACUCAUUGGUGUUAAUUUUCAAUCCAUCAAGAUAAAAAAAAUAUCAAAAUCAAAUUACAGAAUGUUAUUUAUGUAAAUUGCUAAUUUUCCUCGUCAUCAUGUGUUUUGUUUUAUAUAUGUAGCAUCUACAAAGAUACAAAGAAUUGCUAUUGCGACAUUUAGUGGACACAUUUAGAACAGCAGUUCUUUUAUUCAUAAAUUUCGCCUCAUUUUUAUACUUAGCAAAACCUGUUCAGCCCGUGGGCCGUACGUUUGACACCCUUGAUCUAAAUCAUCCAUAUACGUUGAUGAUUGUUUGUCUUUUGAGCAGGGGCGUGAGGUCAGGGUAGGCAGGUGAGGCAGCGCCUCGCUUGUCAUGAUGAAAAUAAAAAAUAUGUAUAUAAUCAACCGUAAAAUAAAUGUUAAUAUUUGUCCAGUAAACUGUUUAUUUUGUAUGAUUACAAUUGUUUUUUAACAUUUAUUUAAGUAAAAAAAAUCCCUACAUUUGCAUUCACACUUAACAUAAGGCUUCCGUGUGUUUGUUCCGCUUCUUGUUUUUGCGUGUGCUUAUGUGGAAAGCAAAAGAGGCGCAGGGCGUGGCUUUAUGGCUGGUCUGAUUGUCACAAUGUCGCCAAAUUAAUGUUUUGCAGAGACAUUUUUACACCACAAAUUUGUAGUUUAUUAGUCUUGAUAAUUUGACUGUAAAUAGAGAAAAGAGGCACAUAAUUAUUGCUAGUGAUGUGCGAUACCACGUUUCUUUCCGAACCGAUACUGAGUAAAAAUUUAAGCUGGCAUCGGCGAUAUCGAUACUGUGUGCAAACAACCUAAUCUGUCUGCUAAAAUUUUAAAAGUUGUGCAUUUCAAAUAAUACCAUGUCUCAUAACAUAAGGAAUACAAGACAGGGUUAUUUAUUCAUUGAUAUUGAGGUAGUGACGUAAAUAACCAUACAGUCAAUCUAACGUAAUGAAACAGAAAAAAUAACAGGACAAAAUUAUACAAAGUGUACGAAAAUGGUGUUUCAAACCAUAAAAAAGGAAAUUAAUACAAUAAUAAAUGUUAUGAUCGAUUGCCCGGAUCAUGUUUUGUUCUGUUAGUUUGACUACAUCAGUUCUGUUUUCAGCACCCCUGGGGUUGUGUUUUAGUUGCCAUGACUGCUGAUUAGUUUCACCUGCCUCUGAUUAGUGUUCAGGAAGCUCACCUGCUCCUGGGCACUAAUCAGAGAGUUACUUAUUCCUGUUUUUCGCCACAAUCAGUCUGGCCUCCUUGUUUGCGCUACGCAACAGUGACGACGUCUUCUAUUUGCUCCCAUGCAACCCGUUACGUUAAGUAUUUCUACAAUCUUUGAUUCCUGUUCCUGUGCUAAGCUUCCCCAUAGCUCCCACGCUAUCGGCACGCUUUUCUGUCUUUUUGUAUUUUUGCAUGAUUUCAUGGACAAUAAAUCAAUGUCUCACCUGCACCUUGCCUCGGAGUUCAUGCUGCAUCUUGGGAAAACGAUCCGCACAGUAUAAUGCGACCCCGUCGUUACAAUAAAAGCAUUAAAAUAAAUGUAUUUUUAAGAACUUCCAUUAGUAUAAAAAACUAAUUCACGAUUCAGUUACAUGAACA